UGCCCGGGUGACGCGCGGUGUUUCUUCUCCGGCGGGGCAUCCCCGCGCGCUGCCUCCGGACGUGUCGCGCGCGACUAGGGCUCUCUAUGGCGGCCCCAGCUUGUACCGAGAAGCCGCCCGAGCAGCCGCUGCGGGUGAAGGUGGUGGGGCUCUUCAAAAGCGCCGGCUUUCAGAUAGCCAAGAGCACGGCUGAGACUCUGAAGAAUGAAUAUCCAUCCAACUUUGAAGAUCCUAUAAUAGUUCCUCUUCAAGAAUUUGCAUGGGAUCAAUAUUUACAGGAGAGAAAAAGGGAAUUAAAGAUGGAGGUCUGGGCAUAUUACUCCUAUGUGAUGUGUUUUAUUAAUGACCAGCUCCUGGGUGAUGCGACUGAGCUCCAGAAAUGGGCUCACAAGGUGUGGAAUAUACUAGAUUUUAGGCCCCCUGCACUUUAUGAAGCGCUUACUGUGGAUUUUUCUGCUAAAUUCUUAAAAGAAACCAAGCAUAGUUUUGUAUUCUUGGAUGUUUCUAUUGAUUUUAAUCCAAUAGGAAGAUUGAUUUUUGAGCUGUUCAGUGAUGCAUGUCCCAAAACAUGUACAAAUUUUCAGUUCUUGUGCUCAGGAACAGCAGGUUUUUCUGCUAGUGGCAUCAGGCUACAUUAUGUAGGUACCAUUUUUCAUCGAGUAGUACCAAAUGGUUGGAUACAAGGAGGAGACAUAGUAGCUGGAAAAGGAGAUGGGGGAGAGUCCAUUUAUGGGCCAACAUUUGAAGAUGAAAACUUUUCAAUUCCUCAUAAUAAAAGGGGAAUUAUUGGAAUGGUUAACAAAGGACGUCACACUAAUGGGUCACAAUUCUACAUCACCUUACAACCAACUCCCUAUCUAGAUAAAAAAUAUGUGGCUUUUGGGCAAUUAAUUGAAGGAACAGAAAUUCUUCAACGAUUAGAAUUGGUUCCAACAGAGAAUGAAAGACCAAUACAACAAUGCAUAAUCAUUGACAGUGGAGUUCUUUAUGCUUGAUGCUCAUAUUAAUACUUUCUGAUUAUGUAUAAAUAUAUACCUGAAAAACA